UUCUCUUUCUAACUUCCCGGGGAGAGGGGUUAACUAGUCUUUCCGUGGUGGUUGUGGAUUGAAUUAUAUUUUUCUUGUUUGCAGUCAAGUUUGUUUUUGUGUGUGUGUUAAACUUAACUGCUAACAUAAGAAAAACACUGGUAUGCCAAGAAAAAUUUUUAAUCGAAUUUCCAUACCAGAACUCACUAAUUGUUUCGUUGUUCGUGAUACUCGGUAAAUUUUCCCAUUUUUUAGAGUUAAGGAAAAUAAGGCUUUCCUGUCCUUCUUUCUUCAAGGCAUUCUCGAAACGAAACUUUUCUAUCAUAUAUGGUCUGUAAUAUCUUCCAUUUGGAAAUCGAGAUAUCCUUAGAUGAGGCCUGUGUUUUUCUUUUACUCAAAGUCCAGCUCCAAGAAUUUUUAAGUUUUAUUUGGUUUAGAUUUUGGCUUUACGAAGACUUCUUUUCAAUCAACGUCGUUAACGAGCGUCCACGACAUUCCAGUGCUGAUUCUAGUGCAAAUACUCGACAUGAAGAUCAAUUUAACAUCCAAGUUCGAAAGAAAGGAGGCAAGUCUGAUUCUAUGCGGUUUUCAAGUGAAUUUGCACGUGAAAUUGUUACUGAAGCUUUGCGGUUUCAAAAUCGAUUUGCUUCUGAUAGGGCAGACCAAAAACCGAGAUUUCCUUGUCGAAAAAUUGGUUGGUCUGAAAAACCUCAAAAUUUAAUUUUGGAAGUUUCUGCCUGUUCGAUAAAUCAAUUGGAAGCAAAUACAAAUUCUUUGUUGAAAAAUUAUAAUUAUAAAGAUAUCAGAUUAAUUAUACCAUUAAAAGGAAGACAACAAGAUGCUUUUAUAAUUGAAUUGGGUGAACAAAGGAGAAGGAUUGAUUUUGUUAAAGUUUUGGGUUAUCUCUUCUUUUUUUUAUUUUUCCGUAAAUCUCCUUCCCUCGAUAAUGCAUUCCUGUAA